AUGUCGCUAAACCCGCCAGAUAACCCACGGAAUAUCUCGCUAGGCACGCCAAAUAACGCCCUGAAUAUCAUAGUAGGCCCGACAGAUAACCCACGGAAUAUCUCGCUAAGCCGGCCAGAUCACUCACUGAAUAUCUCGCUAGGCCCGCCAGAUCACCCAGUGAAUAUCUCGCUAGGCACGCCAGAUCACCCAAGAAAUAUCUCGCUAGGCCCGCCAGAUAACCCACAGAAUAUCACAAUAGGCCAGCCAGAUAAUCCACGGAAUAUCUCGCUAGGCCCGCCAGAUAAUCCACGGAAUAUCUCGCGAGUCACGCCAGAUCACCCAGUGAAUAUCUCGCUAGGCCCGCCAGAAAACACACGGAAUAUCUCGCUAGGCACGCCAGAUCACCCACUGAAUAUCUCACUAGGCACGCCAGAUCACCCACUGAAUAUCUCGCUAGGCCCGCCAGAUAAACCACGGAAUAUCUCGCAAGGUCCGCCAGAUAACCUACUGAAUAUCACGCUAGGACCACAAGAUAACACACGGAAUAUCCCGCUAGGCACGCCAGAUAUCCCAGUGAAUAUCUCGCUACGCCCGCCACAUCACCAACUGAAUAUCACGCCAGGCCCAGCAGAUCACUCAAUGAAUAUCACGAGAGGCCCGCCACAUCAACCAGGGAAUAUCUCGCUAGGCCCUCCAGAUCACCCACGCCUGCCAGAUCACCCACGGUAUAUCUCGCUAGGCCCUCCAGAUCAACCACGGAAUAUCUCGCUAGGCCCGCCAGAUCACUCACUGAAUAUCACACAAGGCCCGCCAGAUAAUCCAGGGAAUAUCUCACUAGGCCGGCCAUAUCACCCACGGAAUAUCUCGCUACGCCUUCCAGAUAUUGCACGGAAUAUCUCGCUAGGUCCGCCAGAUAUCCCAGUGAAUAUCUCGCGAGGACCGCCAGAUCACUCACUGAAUACCACCCUAGGCAAGCCAGAUCACCCAAUGAAUAUCUCGCGAGGCCCGCCAGAUAACCGGCGGAAUAUCUCGCUAGGCCCGCCAGAUCACUCACUGAAUAUCUCGCUAGGCCCGCCAGAUAACCCACAAUAUCUCGCUAGGCCCGCCAGAUCAUUCACUGAAUAUCUCUCUAGGCCCGGCGGAUCACCCACGGAAUAUUUCGCUAGGCCCGCCAGAUCACGCACGGAAUUUCUCGCUAGGCCCGCCAGAUAA